AUGGCCUCGAAACUGCGCUUCGACGGAACGUACACGGCCUUGGUGACGCCGUUCACGCCCGACGGCUCUGCUGUGGACUAUGCGAGUCUGGAGAAGAUGGUCGAGUGGCAGAUCGAGCAGGGCAUCGACGGACUUGUACCAAUGGGGUCUACAGGUGAGAACACUCUCGUGUCGGACGAAGAGCGGCUGAAGGUGAUCGAGACUGUCAUCAAGUUAGCCAAUGGACGGGUCCCCGUGAUCGCAGGCACGGGUGCGUUGUCCACUGAGGCGGCCGUGAAGCUGGCACAAGAGGCCAAACAGCUAGGAGCCGACGCCUGUCUGGUCAUUGCUCCUCCUUACGUCUGCACCUCGCAGCGUGGGCUCUACGAGCAUUUCCGUCGUGUUGCGGGUCCCAAGACCAUCGCAGAGCUGGCGAAGGUGCCGGGCAUCGCGGCGUUGAAGGACGCCACGGACUCGGUGGCGCAUACUGUGGACGUCAUGGCGCUGUGCGACCUGCCUGUUGUCUGUGGAGCCGAUAACCUGGCGCUGCCUAUGAUGGCGUGUGGAGCGGUAGGUGUCAUGACAGAGGUCGGGAAAAAAUAG